AUGGUUAAACACCCAUGUAGAGCACAUGGUUAUCUUAAUACUUGGUACACUGUUGACACCCAGUGUUUGCCGAUCGUAGGCUUCUCACAGGCCAAGAAAAAGGAGAUCAGGGCUGGAGAAACCGCACUCGGCAACCCUUUCAGUAACCAGGUGCCGCUAGGGCUGCGGCGAGCGCCUUUUCUUCUCUUGCCUCCUUGGGGCCCGCGGGCAGCAGCCUCUUGGCAGGCCGGUCGGCGCUACGCUGAAGCGGCCGGGCGCGGGCGGGGGCGGGGGCGCGGGGGCGCGGGAGCGGGCCGCGUUCGCGGGGCGGAAACUGCGGGCCGGAGAGAAGCACAGAACUCGGCCGAAAACCGAGAGCCCCACGGGGCCGUGGAGACUGAGCUGGACCCGGUGGAGUACACCCUGCGGACGCGGCUUCCCCACCGUCGGCCCCGGAGGCCCGAUGACAUUUAUGUCAACACGAAGAGUGACUUUAAGGCCCAGCUGGCCCGCUGCCAGCUGCUGCUGGACGGAGGGGCGCGGGGUCAGAACGCACGCACUGAGAUCUACAUUCACGGCCUGGGCCUGGCCAUCAACCGCGCCAUCAGCAUUGCCCUCCAGCUGCACGCUGGCAGCUUCGGGCCCUUGAAGGUGGCCGCCAGUACUUCUACCGUGGAGCUUGCUGAUGAGCUGGAACCAGAGACGGAUACGCGAGAGCCGCUGACUCGCAUCCGCAGCAACUCGGCCAUCCACACCCGCGUCUUCAGGGUCACACCCAGGUAACUGAAAUGAGCCUGGCCCACCUUACCCACUCACCCCUCUACAGCUAGGCUCAGAUGCGCCUCUUCUUG